AUGAGCCUGUUGCAGCAUUGGCGUGGCCUGAAGGCUGCCUGGGCGGCUUUGCCGUUUACGAACAAGCUAAUAUACGGUUCGUUCGUCUUCAAUGGUUCCCUGAUUAUGUUCCUGCUGUUGCAGGAAAGCCGCAGCAGCCGCAGAAGCAGCCAGCUCUGGCAGGAGCACAUGCAGCAGGCGGACAAGGAGACCAACGGCUGGCGCUGCUAUGAGCUGGCGAAGCUCCUGAGGGAGCAGUGCCAUGACGAGACGCUGUUGCUGCUGCACUUGCAAGACAAAUCGGCUGCUGCCGUUGCCGCAGAGCAGAAGGGAGAAGCGGCAUGCGCAACAGGAAGGGGGGAGGGCGAAGACAAAUUCUGCCGCAGAGUGCUGCAAGGCCUUAAGGAAUGCAAAGAACGGCUUUAUGAGGAAAUAGGCGACCGCAUACCGCCCGCUAUGCAGCCGCUGCCCCCAGUAGACAAUAGGCCUAGGUGGCUAGUGGAUCCUCAAUGGUUGCAGCAGCAGCAGCAGCAGCAAAUGUAG